AGUGAAAGUGUUCCGGAGGCGGUUUUGGGCAUCUUAGUGAUACAAGAAGCUCUACAUCUAUGGAGAUGGCUUCACCUAGACUACCGAGUAUCAUCAGAAGAAACACAGUACAAGUACGGGUACAACAAGGCCGCACGGUUCCAACCGAAAGGUUUCGUCCAUUAGGCACGUUUCGGGGACGUGACUCUUUCAACGCCUCCAUUUCCCGACGCCUCUUCGGCAAAGAUCGGAACCGCUCGCCGACCGUCGACGAAAUCACCGAGCAUGACGUCGAGGCCAUGCGCCGAGCGGUGGAGCUGGAGCUCCUAACCUUCAACAAGUGGACCCGGACCAAGGACGCCUCCCCGCCGCCCAAGAAGGACCACUUCUCCCUCAUGUCCAGGUUUGACCCCUGCCCUACCCGAGCGGUCACCCCGCUGCCAGAAAGAAGGGACGACCCCAAACUGGGAACGAGAUCCUGCCUCAAAGCAGACGACCCGAAACAGGACUACUGCAGCAUUUUGGGCGAGUACGCAUGCACCGCUUGCACCAAGCAGAGGAAGAAGAAGAGAGUCACCUUCCGUUUGAAUCAGAGCUAUCCCAACUGGGACACCAAUCCCAAGACCCUCUGCGCGCCCAUCAGGGCCGAACAGCUUCGAAGAGCGUUUCCUAGGCAACCGUCGUCAACGUCGUUUUCGCGCCGAAACAAGGCAGAGACGAAAGUGGUCGCAAAGAACAAGGCACGAACCGAGGGUCCCCCCAAAAGUCAACUGAAGCAGAGCAAGUGCUGCUGGGAAGGCCAAGUGACGGAAUACGAGGUGAUGCAGCGCAUGGCCGAGAAGAAGAGAGAACCAUGGGAAGACGCGCCAAGGAUUGUGGUCCCGACGGUGACGUCACGCCAGAGGACCGAUAGCGAGGCUACCAGCGUGUUCGUGGCGCCGCCUAUCGUGUAG